GGAGGGGGGAGGAGUUGGUGGCGGCGGCAGAAGAGAGGGGCAGCAUCAGCGGUGGCGGCGCGCGCUGCCCCGCCCCCCGCUUCCCAUCCUCCUGCGCGAGGCGGCGGCGCGUGGCAUCGGGGUCUCCCUCCGGCCUGCGCCUCUUCCUCCUCCUCCUCCCGCUUUCCCCUUUUCCACCUCCUCUCCGCUCCCUGCCAGGCCAAGGCCAUGACCGACUUCAAGUUGGGCAUCGUGCGGCUCGGCCGGGUGGCCGGCAAGGUGCGCGUGGGGCUCCGUGGGGCGGCGCGGAGUGGGAGAAAUAGGAUUUGCGCGUCUGUAUGCGGUGUGCGUGUGUUUCCGUGCCCGCGCGUGUUCUAUGUUGGGAGAUCCGCGCCCCUUCUAUCACAUCACCGUCCCCUCACGCGUCUGACCUGCUCCGUUACGUCACACAGGACCCCUCUGUGACGUCACUGGGUUCAUUGGGGUUCCAUGAUCUUAUUAUUAUUAUUAUUAUUAUUAUUAUUAUUAUUAUUUAUUUUUAAAGGUAGAAGGAUGCGGGAGGCUGGUUUUCGUUUAGGUCCCUUUUCUGUUUUACUCUCUCGUUGCAUCUCUCCCUGUAGAGGGGUAAUAAGCUGUUCUGUGGAGCACUUCCCGUUGGUGGACCUCAAAUGGGGAGAUUGAUUUCUUUUUAUAUCCUUCGUAUUCAGGCUAUAAAGGGGUCCAUAGCUCACCUGCAGUUUCAAAGGGUUACAUAGCAAGUGAUCUGAGAGGCUUCUUUCUGCUUUGGAGUGUGCCUACUGGUUAGACUAGGUGAUACUGACGGAUUUGUAGUCUGACCUGAUCCUAAGUAGCUUCCUAUUUUCUUGUGCAGAUUUGAUACGUUUCUCUUUAUACAUACUUACUGUAACUUUCUUUUGUUGUUGUGCUUUUCUGUUUUUGUUUUUUGGAAUAAUCAACAUGGACCACAAAGGAUGUGUACCAAUACUUGGUGCAGUGUCUUGCUUUACAGGUUGUUUGGGUUAAGUUUUGUAUGUUAAUCUGUUAUAGCAAAAACUGAAACACAAAACUGCUCUUUAAAGACUAACUGAUUUGUGUGGUAUAAUUAUAUUGGGCCAGAGCUGCCCCUCUCAGUUGCAGAUUUUGGUCUCUGAGCAAGAACUUACAUUUUACAGUUCUUUCUUCCUCUCCUCUCCUACUUCCAAAGGCAAGAGAAAGGCAGUACACCCCUUUCUGGCAUUUGGACUUCCUAGAAGGCUUGUGGACACAAUGGUAGGUAGAGAUCCCAGAAUGCUCAAGGCUAACCCUGGAGCAGCUUUCCCCUGGUUUAGACAAGUGUGUGACGUAUGCGCAGUCAGAUGAAUGACCUAUUUAAGGUGUAAAACUGCUCUUUUCAGUGUAAGAUGUGCCCUGGAAUAGCUUAAAGUGUUGUUGUGCUGAAAUGAACGAAGAGUGCCUUGCUAGGGAUUGGAAAAGUAUCCACAACAUAAAGUAUUUAAUUAUCCUUCCUUUUUUAUUCUAGACAAAGUACACACUGAUUGAUGAGCAAGACAUUCCACUUGUGGAGAGUUACUCUUUUGAGGUAAGAACCAUGUUAUCUACCUUAUUUCCGCAUUCCAAGUGUUGAAUUCAAACUCCCAUCAGGUCCAGUCAGCAUAUCCAAUGGUCGGAAGAGCAUUGGGAGGACCACAUGUCAGCUAUUAUUCCUCUUGAUCAGGGAUGGGGAACCUGUGGCUCUCCAUAUGAACCCUGACCUGACAUGGUCAGUAAUUAGGGUAGAUCAAAAACAGGAAGGGUUGACUGUCUAAGGAACCUGCUUUAAGCAAACUCAUGAAAGCCAGUGGUCUCAUAUACAGUAAUGACUAUCUGAAUAAGUUGGCAGAGAGAGAAGAGGAGGCAUUUUCCCUUGAAACAGCAUGUGGGUCAUAAAAGGACUUGGCCCGAUCCAGACAUCUGUGUUUGGACUUGAGGACUUGUAUGAAAAGUACCAAGUUCUCCAAAGACUCAAACUGUUCUCUGAAGUAGGAUAACUAGGCAAGUUCUCCUUCACUUGCAGAAUCAGGAGUAGCUUUACUUUAGAAUGCAUUUUCUUUUACAGGUGAAACUCAAAAAAUUAGAAUAUCAUGGAAAAGUUCAUUUAUUUCAGUAAUUCAACUUAAAAGGUGAAACUAAUAUAUGAGAUUGACUCAUGACAAGCAAAGCAAGAUAUGUCAAGCCUUUAUUUUUUAUAAUCAUGAUGAUACAGCUGAUGAAAACCCCAAAUUAACAAUCUCAGAAAAUUAGAAUAUUGUGAAAAGGUGCAGUAGCUAUUCAAUCCAUAACAUCUGCAAUGGGUCCCUGAGCCUUUAAAUGGUCUCUCAGUCUGGUUCAGUAGGAAGCACAAUCAUGGGGAAGUCUGCUGAUGUUCUUUGGGAUGUUCCCAAAGUGCUGUAUCGAAGCACAUUAAUGGAAAGUUAUGCGGAAGGGGAAAGUGUGGAAGAAAAAGGUGCACAAGCAGCAGGGGUGACCGCAGCCUGGAGAGGAUUGUCAGGAAAAGACCAUUCAAACGUGUUGGGGACUUUCACAAGGAGUGGACUGAGGCUGGAGUUAGUGCAUCAAGAGCCACCACGCACAGACGGAUCCUGAAGAUGGGCUUCAAAUGUCGUAUUCCUCUUGUCAAGCCGCUCCUGAACAAGAAACAACGUCAGAAGCUUCUUACCUGGGCUAAAAAAAAAAAGAACUGGUCUGUUGCUCACUGGUCCCAAGUCCUCUUUUCUGAUGAGAGCAACUUUUGCAUCUCAUUUGGAAACCAAGGACCCAGAGUCUGGAGGAAGAAUGGGGUGGCACACAAUGCCAGAUGCUUGAAGUCCAGUGUGAAGUGUUGAUUUGGGGAGCCAUGCCAUCAGCUGGUGUUGGUCCACUGUGCUUCAUUAAGUCCAGGGUCAACGCAGCCAUCUACCAGGAGAUUUUGGAGCACUUCAUGCUUCCUUCUGCAGACGAGCUUUAUGGGGAUGCUGACUUCAUUUUCCAGCAGGACUUGGCACCUGCCCACACUGCCAAAAGUACCAAAACCUGGUUCAAUGCCCAUGGGAUUACUGUGCUUGAUUGGCCAGCAAACUCGCCUGACCUGAACCCCAUAGAGAAUCUAUGGGACAUUGCCAAGAGAAAGAUGAGAGACAUGAGACCGAGCAAUGCAGAAGAGCUGAAGGCUGCUAUUGAAGCAUCCUGGUCUUCCAUAACACCUCAGCAGUGCCACAGGCUGAUAGCAUCCAUGCCACGCCGCAUUGAGGCAGUAAUUGAUGCAAAAGGGGCCCAAACCAAGUACUGAGUGCUUCUACUUCUCAGACGUCCAAUGUUGCUCUAUUUGCAAUCCUUGUUUUGCUGAUUUCAUUUACUAUUCUAAUUUACGAGAUUGUUAAUUUGGGGUUUUCAUCAGCUGUACGCCAUAAUGUCACAAUUAUAACAAAUGAAGGCUUGACAUAUCUUGCUUUGCAUGUCAUGAGUUUAUCUCAUAUAUUAGUUUCACCUUUUAAGUUGAAUUACUGAAAUUAUCAUGGAAAAGUUAUUCUAAUUUUUCGAGUUUCACCUGUAUAUAGGCUUCAUGUAUUUUUAGACUGGAGUUUGGGGAGCUUCAUAGAAAAUGUAUUGCUCUUGGAAAAGGGGCAGAUUUGAAAUACACUGACAUUACACUUUCACCCAUUCAUUUACCUGAUAUCAACAGGUUCUGCACAGGCUUUUGAGGUGUCUGGGGGAAAAUUAGAGACUCAUCAUGGUUUAUAUAUAUCCUCAGGCUCACUGAACAAGAAGGCUCUGAUCUUAUAUAGAGUCUGUUAACUCAAGCACAUAAACUGGGUUCCUGAGGCAGAGUUUGCAUCUCAUCUGACAUUUCCCAUGUCCAUUAUUGACCCACUUUCUCUUGUCUGAUAUAGACCUGACUGAUUUUGAACUUUAGAGGCUCUACUCAGAGUGCCUCUGCCUUCAGAUGUUAGGAGAGUGUUGACUGGGAACAGAGUCCCUCGUCUGGCGGCACCCUUUUCCUGAAACAUUUUCCCUAGUCAUAAUAUGCAUAGCACCAUCAUUUAAUAUCUUUUAUGUGACAAGAGAAAACUUUUAUUAACCCAAGUGUUUAAUAUUUUGCUAUUUCUUUUUUUAUUAACAUUUCUGUUACUUGGUUUGCAGUUUUCUGUUUUAAUGACCAUUACGUUUCUGUCUAUUAAUAGUUUUACUUACAUUUUACUUUGUUUCGUAUUUGAAGCUGCUAUGAUGUUUAGAUGAGCGUACAAAUAUUUUAAAGAAAAUGCAUGAAGAGAUGUGUUCUCUGUCUUUGGCCAGGCUCGGAUGGAGGUCGACGCAGAUGGAAAUGGUGCUAGAAUAUUUGCCUUUGCAUUUGACAAAAACCGAGGAAGAGGGUUCGGACGCCUGCUGCAUGAGUUACUGUGGUAGGUAUCAUUGUGCAGGGGGUAACAUAGCUGCAGGUUUCCAGACUGCUGAGGCAUGUGUAUGUAUAGUCUUUGGAGAUGAGCACUAUAAUGGCAACUCUCACGUGUCAGGGUAAGCCAUAAGCCGUGGUUUGCUGUGCAUGAGCAGAUAGCGUCUGUAUUACCUCUCCCCUUUCAUGGUGGGAAGAAACAAACCACAAUCCCUGGCUUAGCAUUGUGUCCAAACCAAGGGGUUGUGGUUUGAUUUUCUCCUGACAACCCACAGUGUAUAGCCAAUGUUUGUUUUUAGCUUUCUUCUGAUUGUGAUUUGUUGGAGGUGAAACAAACCAUAGUCCCUACUUUGGACACAUCUUCUAAGCUCAAGGGAUCAUGGUUUGUUUUCUUCUAGUAUGAGCAGAGGGGAGACAAAUACAUUCACAGUAAAUCAUUAGCUAAGGUUUACUGUGAUGUACAAACUGAGCCUCCAUGUAAAAGGAAAGUGGCCUGUGUUGUGUGUUAAAGUAUCUUUUCCCCCUCCCUUUUUCUCUUUAUAAUUUGAACAUACAAAACUGCCAUAUAUUUAGAAGGAGGUUGAUCCAUCUAGCUCUGUACUGUCUAUGCUGACUGACAGCAGCAGCAGCUUUCCUGGGUUUCAGGCAGGGGACAUUCCUAGUUCUACUUGGAAAUCUUGGAGGUUGAACAUGGGACCUUCUGCAUGCAAAAUGUGCCAACCCAUCCAAGUGCCACAGGGCUACCCACAACUUGAAGCCAGGGUUCCUACAUCCAGAGACUCUACUGCUGAGCUAUGAUCCUUUCCCUUUAACAGCUUGGGUGACUUAAAAGAAAAAAGAAUUUUUCCUGCUACCUAGAAGAUGCCAGGUGUAUUUCUAAGGCAUUUCCCCUGAUCACCACCCAAUUUAUCUCUUAACUGCAGGGAUGCCUGCAGAAGGUCAUCAGCAGAAGAUCUUAAGAACUGGACAGGGGGGUGGGUGUCCUUUAUGCCUUGGGUCCUAAGCCGUGUAAGGUUUAAAAUUUUCAGACCCAGCACCUUGAAGUCAAAGUAAGCUUGUUAAGCUCUUUUGCAUCCAUUGAGAUGUGUUGUCUCCAAUGACCUGCCCCGGUUAGAACCCUGAUAGUAGCUCUUUGAGCAUGUUGGAGUUUCCAUACUGCCUUCAAGGGCAGCCCAUGAUGUAUUAUAGAAGUCCAAGCAACUAGAAGCAUCAGAAUUCUUCCUUUCAGGAAUUGCAGGUGGCUCGUCUUCUCUUUCAGGGAGAGGCAUCGGGGGGGCAUCGCCCCUGGCUUUCAAGUCGUGCAUUUGAAUGCAGUGACAGUGGACAAUCGUCUAGACAACCUGCGAUUGGUUCCAUGGGGAUGGAGGCCCAAAGCUGAAGAAAUCUCUAGUAAACAAAGGUAAACUCUCAGUAACAGUGUCACAGGCAAGAGGGACAAAAGGGGCUGGAAGUCAAACAACUCCAGAACGUGUUUCUUUGCAUAGCCCCUUGAUGAUUUUUUAUGUGUGUUUCUUUGCAUCUGAAGAAACUGUGGUGCUAAGUUCUCUCUGGCCUGGCCCUAGAUGGGAGGAUAUGUCUCCCACCCUAGGUUAUUUAUUCCACUCAAACAGCAACAAUUCUCAAUAGUUCCAUUGAAUGAGGAAUCAGUUGUUAAACUACUCUGGUAAUUGUAUGUCUGCUAGCGAGAACAGGGGCCUUAUAACAACUUUCAGCACCCUUAACAAGCUAAAGUUUCCAUAAUUCUUUAAGGGAAGACAUAACCGUUUAAGGCUGUAUCAGAGUCCUUUAAAGGUAUGUUGUGAUUGUGGCUACUGUCAACUCUCUGCUUUGAGAGGGAUGGAGUUUUAACAUGUUGCAAUUGUGCAGCACAAGCUUGCUGCGGAAAUGUUUAAUUUGCUGUUUUUUCUUGAAGGGAACAAAGCUUAUACUGGCUGGCGAUCCAGCAGCUUCCCACAGACCCCAUAGAGGAACAGUUUCCGGUGCUGAAUGUGACGCGCUAUUAUAACGCUAAUGGGGAUGUUGUGGAAGAAGAGGAGAGUUCGUGCACAUACUAUGAAUGUCACUACCCUCCCUGCACAGUGAUUGAGAAACAGGUGCGUUCAAAACCAGAAGCAAGUCAUGGAUAAGACCGUCCCUGUUCUAGGCUGGCUGCUGCAAGUUCACCCUCUUCAGUGUGGUUGCUUCUUUUUAAAAAACCAAAAAGUCCUUAGGCACAGCUAGUGUGUUCUUUGUACCCCCUGCAAGGAAUUUCUCUGCACCGUUUUUAGCCUAAAUAGUUAUCCUGGCCAGCGGCUUCCAAGCUUCAGACACAUCUCUCUCUCAGUGGUGUUCUGUGAAGUACAACUGACUGUGCUACCAUUCUAUUUGGAUAACCCUUCAUCCUACCUCUCGGUGUGGAAAAGUCAGUGUUGCGCAUAGGCCCAACCCCCCUUUUCCUAGCCCACUUUUUCUUAGAACAGGGUCAUGGGGAAACAAGAUCAAAAUGAACAGCUCUGGUUUUAAACCUCACUGAAGUAACUUUGUUGUAUAGAAGGAUGGAUAGAAGUCACCCGAAAAGAUAACCUGUACAAAGGGAAUCUGUUCCUCUGAUGACAGUUUUGGAUGCUUUGUGGAGGAAAAUAUGUAAAUAGGUCUGUGGAUAUAGAAGCGUUCUCGAACUUAGCAGGAGAGCAUCGGUUUUGAGUCCUAGGUUCAGUCUCUUGCUAGAGCUGUGAAAGACCACUGCUCGAAACUUUGGAGCACUGCUUCUGUGCAACAUAGGCAGUACACUGAACUGGGCCAUACUAGUCUGAUUUGGUGUAAGGUAGUGUUCUGUGUUCCAAAGCCAUAGUUAUAAACCCAGGGGUGGGGAACUGCAGCUUGAAACUCCCUCAGCCCCAUUCAACCUGGCCAAUGCAGGAGGUGGGGGUGGCGAGCGACAAAGCUCCCUAUCCUUGUUGUAGACCAUGAGGGAAAGAAAUUGAGAGUGCAGUCCUGUACCUGUUUACUCAGUCCCAUUGAAUUCAGAAUGUGUAAGAUUGGGUGGGGGUGCAGAAGAAGAAGAAGACACUCAUAAUGAGACCUUCAGGUUCAUAAACAAGAGAAAUGCACCAGUGGGGGCUGGAUAAUAUUUUAUCCACAAUGAAAAUCAAGGCAGCAUUUUGUAGGGUUCCCAGGCUGUUCUACUCAGAUCCUGACCAGGCCUGCUUUAGUUCCUACAAAGAUUGCACUGGGACUGGCCACCUUAGGACCCUUUUGGUUGGCUUUUUUUUGGGGGGGGGGGGGUUCUUUCUCUAGGGGCCCUGAAAAGGGAUACUGAUUUUUGUCCCGUACUCCUCUCUCCAGUUACGUGAAUUUAACAUCUGUGGGCGGUGCCAGGUCGCACGGUACUGCGGCUCGCAGUGCCAGCAGAAAGACUGGCCGGCCCACAAGAAGCACUGUCGGGAGAAGAAGCGAGUCUUUCAGCAAGAGCUUGGACCAGAACGAUGACCAGCUGGCUGAGGCCUUAGCCCCACAGGGCACCUUCCCAGAAGGUUAAGGAGUUGCCCACUUUGCACGGACUGCUCACUUGAAGCCAGAGGCACUGACAAAAAGGAGAGAGAGAGAGAGAGAGAGAGAGAGAGAGAGGGGAGAGAGAUUUUUAUAUAUAUAUAUAAAAAGACAAACCAAUCCCUGUGAUGCUUGAGGAAAGGUACUGACUCUUCCCUUCCAGUGUUAAAGAAAGAAAACGUCUGAAGAAAAAAGAAAAAAAAGACUACUGGGGAAGCUCUCCUGCUUGGAAGCUUUCUGUUAUUUAUAUGUUAAUAUGUUUGUAAAGUUAUGUACAGAGGUUUUGUUUUGUUUUGUUUUUUUGUUAGAAUGUCUCUUACAUAGGACUCAUUUACUGUAAUGUUCAAGUGAGAACACAUUGGUGGUUGAAAUAACUGUCCAGUAGCAAAAAGAGAAACAAACAAAAAAAGCUUUUCCUCCCCCUGUGGCUAGGAGAAGGCCUGGGGAGCUAGCUCAGAACAUCAGCAGUUAAAUCUGAACAACUCUGCAUGGAAAGUUGUGUUUGCAAGUAAAGGAUUGGAAUGGAUUGGCUGCCUUUUUUGCUCUUUUAAAAACUUGAGCAGCUGUGAAUGAUUGUCCACCACCAUCAACAGCAUGUUGCUGGUCUGUCCCCCCCACCCCCAUGAGUGACACUUUCCUCUGAAGAUUGCAAAAGCCGCUGAGCUGCUUAGCUGCUUCCCAUCACUGUUCUUCCCCAUCUGUUUGUAGAGGCAAUCAUGCCCCCCCCCCCCCCAAUCCUGGUUAUCAUAGUUCCUAAUGAUAUUUCCACCACUCCACAAGGAACCAUGGGCAGUAAGGUGAAGGUGCAAGCAGGCUUCCAUGAGCAGAGGUUCGGGAUUGGUGACUGAUGACCCUGUUUCUCAUUGAAAGGCGUACAGUCAUAGGAAAUUCUAUAUUGGCAUGUCACUGUUGAAUUUAGGCCAGUACAGCAUUAUUGUUAGUCCUCCCCUGCCCUUUUGUCCUGCUGUAAUCUUUUAAGAUGAACAGGGAAUAGUUUCUUACUGUAGCAUCUAUGUGCCAAACCAUGACUCUCUGCCGUACUCUUGCAUACCUACUUGGUGGCUGCCCCUCCACAUCUCUCCUCUGUCCCCCCCACCUACCCAGAGUUUAGGGAUAGGGAAUCUGCCCUUCCAGAUGUAGUUGGACUCAUCAGCUUCAAUCAGCAUAGUUGGGGAUGAUGGGAGUUGUAGCCCAACAACGUUUGGAAGGCAACAGAUUCCUCAUUCCUGCCUCUGGAGACCUAAACCUUUCAAAAGUAGUGUAAGACUUUUUUUAAAAGGCAAACUUGCUUUGAGUAGUUUAAGUAGGUAGAAUAAUAAGUUGUGUAUUCUCUGAGACAGGCCAGUGGCCCAGUGAAGGGAUGCCACUACAUUUCUCAAAGCAAGGUAUUUUAAAGUUGCAAAAACUAAGUGACUCUGCACGUAUCUAUGUGUGGAACUCCAUGAGACACUUGACUUAAAACCAGGUGUCUGUGUGACAGGUUCUAUUUAUGCCCAUACCAAUAUAUGGCUCAGAAUUGGAGAUGGGUGGAAGAAUGUAAUUGUUUACCACCAUCAGCAGUAAGUGGAAACAGACCUGAUAUUUGACCCUUAGUGUAAGGUGGGCUUGAUUUCUUGUGUGCAAACACAGAAGACCCCAUCCAUGCAAAUCAUGGGGAGAGCAUGGUUCCUGUUGAGACUACCUCUACCCAGCCACAGUGAGCCCAUGUGUUGCUGAUUGAUAUCUGGAUCCAAGGCAGGUAAGUCCAGGUAGGCCAGUUUCUAAGUCCAGAGUAGGAACCUAUCCUUUUCAUCUAUCUAUAGUGUGGGGAUCAGUAACUGAAAAGCCUGUCACCAAUUCAGUCUCCAUGAACAGUACCUUGUGGCCCUCCUAGCAGCAACAUGGAUGUUAGACGUGGAUGCAGUAACAACUAGGAGGGUUUUUGGCAUUUCACUGUGGGCUGGGGUGGUGGUGGCAUAGACGUGUGACCCACCAAUAAAAGUACAGUGGUACCUUGGGUUAAGAACUUAAUUCGUUCCGGAGGUCUGUUCUUAACCUGAAACUGUUCUUAACCUGAGGUACCACUUUAGCUAAUGGGGCCUCCCGCUGCCGCCGUGGCCCAAUUUCUUUUUUUUUUUUUUAAUGAUUUUUAUUAAGAUUUCAGUAAAAGAUUAAAUAGAAAAACAUAGAAAAAAAAUACACAAACAUACAAUACAUAAUCCAAAGAAGAGUAAAAAACACAGAGAACAAAAAAACAAAAAAGAAACAGAACAAUUAAAAACAAUAUCACCUUUUCAUUUCCGUUUUUAAAUUUACUUAUUUUCUGGACCUCCUCAUACCUCCCUCUUUUGUAUUCCAGUCCAAAUUGUUUGUCCAGCAAUUUCUUUUCCACUUUUUUAAUCCCAAUCUUUAAUCUUAAUAUAGCCUUAAAAUUUUACCUCUUAAAUACCAAAUUUCCAUUUCCUUCAACUUCUUUAAUCCUAAUCUUUAAUCUUAGUCUAUAACUUUAAAUCCUGUACAGCUGGAAACCACUUAUUUUUAAUCCAACAUCACUCUAGCAUUCUUUAAUUUUGCAGUGUUUCUGUAAAUAAUCUUUGAAUUUCUUCCAGUCUUCCUCCACCGACUCUUCUCCCUGGUCACGGAUUCUGCCAGUCAUUUCCGCCAGUUCCAUAUAGUCCAUCAGUUUCAUCUGCCAUUCCUCCAGCGUGGGAAGUUCUUGUGUCUUCCAAUACUUUGCGAUGAGUAUUCUUGUGCUGUUGUUGCAUACAUAAAGAAAGUUCUAUCCUUUUUUAUCACCGUUUGGCCGACCAUGCCCAGGAGAAAGGCCUCUGGUUUCUUAGGGAAGGUAUAUUUAAAUACCUUUUUUAAUUCAUUAUAUAUCAUUUCCCAGAAAGCCUUAAUCUUUGGGCACGUCCACCAAAGGUGAAAAAAUGUACCUUCAGUUUCUUUACAUUUCCAACAUUUAUUAUCGGGCAAAUGAUAGAUUUUUGCAAGCUUGACCGGGGUUAUGUACCACCUGUAUAUCAUUUUCAUAAUAUUCUCUCUUAAGGCAUUACAUGCCGUAAAUUUCAUACCUGUGGUCCACAACUGUUCCCAGUCAGCGAACAUAAUGUUAUGUCCGACGUCUUGUGCCCAUUUAAUCAUAGCCGAUUUUACCGUUUCAUCCUGAGUGUUCCAUUUCAGCAGCAAGUUAUACAUUCUUGAUAAAUUCUUAGUUUUGGGUUCUAACAGUUCAGUUUCUAAUUUUGAUUUUUCCACGUGGAAGCCAAUUUUCUUGUCCAAUUUAAAUGCCUCCAUUAUCUGAAAAUAAUGAAGCCGGUCUCGCACUUUGUUUUUUAGUUUUUCAAAACUCUGCAAUUUCAGUCUAUCUCCAUCUUGUUCCAAAAUUUCCCAAUAUUUCGGCCAUUUGACCUCCAUAUUGAGCUUUUUCAAGGCUUUCGCUUCCAUUGGUGACAGCCACCUUGGGGUUUUAUUUUCUAACAAAUCCUUAUAUCUUAUCCAAACAUUAAACAGCGCUUUCCUGACAAUGUGAUUUUUAAAUGCUUUAUGUGCUUUGACCUUAUCAUACCAUAGAUAUGCAUGCCAUCCAACGCCGUGGCCCAAUUUCUGUUCUCAUCCUGAAGCUAUUUCUGGGUUAGCGGAGUCUGUAACCUGAAGCGUCUGUAACCCAAGGUACCACUGUAGUUGCUGGGCAGGCCUGUACUGCAACCUUAGCAGAGUGGUUUAUAGGCAGCUUUCCAUGAUUAUUCAUCUUCUAGCCAUUUUGGACUAGAGCUUAAAUCAACUGAGCCCUGCCAGCUGGGGCUGAUGAGUGUUGUAGUCCAAAGCAGCUGGAGGGCACGAGAUUAAGAGCAUAGGAAGAGACUGCUGGAUCAGGCCAAUGACCCAUCUGCUCCAUCAUCCUGUUCUCACAGUGGCCAACCUGAUGCAAGCCGGACUCAAAUACAAAAGCACUCUACCCACCUUUGGUUUCCACCCACUGGUAUUCAGAAGCCUUCCCGCCUUUGACAGCAGGCAGAGCAUAGAGGCAUUGUGGCUAGUAGCCAUCAAUGGCUGCCUCUGUGAAUUUGUCUCUAAUCCUUUUUUUUUUUUUUUUACACAUUAAAUUGGUGGCCAUCACUGUCUUCUGCAGAAGCAAUGUUGUGGAAUGCUAGUUUAGGUUCUCCUGACAGUGGCCAAUGUUCCUCUCCCCUGAAGUGCCCCCAAUUUGAGCCUGUUUUUCAAGACUUAUCAGUCAAAGGAAAUCAUUGCUUCUUGGGUAUACUUGAAUCUGGCCACUUAUUUCUGUGUUUUGCCUGUAGCUAUAUUGAACAAGGGAAAUGUGUCACUUUUCUCUCCCACUCUUUACCAAAGGGAUACUUGAGUGGCUAACAGGAAGAGAAAAUUAUAGCUGCAGCUAUCAAAACUCAAAAUACGUACAAGAGAGUUCUGAAGUCAAUACCUUUUUGUUUUCAGUGCAUCCUCCCAUAGUUUGUAAACAUCGUGGUCUCUUCCAUCUCAUUUUAAAAUUGUUCCACAUAGGCUUUGUGCCUUCCCCCGCAGAUGCCUUCAUAUCUACACUUCCAAGCAGCAGUAGUUGCUCCACCUCAUAUGUACAUAAGUCAAUCUUUAUUGAUUGACCAACUUACUGUACUUCAGUCACCCUGAAAUCCAUGAGAAAGAGACUUUAAAACUCCCCUUCUUUCAACGCACUCCUCACACAGCAGAGCCUAACACAAUUUUAUUUUUACUUACGACAUUUCUAGACUGCCCUUCAUCUGAGGAACACACAGCGCUUUUGCAAUAUUAAAACACAAAAAUACAUAACAUGGUAACAAACAGAAACUUUAACACCCCCCCCCCACACACUAGACAUCAAGAAAGCCCCACAUAAGGUGGGGGGGGCGUCUCUUAAUCCUCCACCCCGUUUCCCCCCCCCACACAAAGAAAUAUGCAGGCUAUCCGUGGGUCAAGGGUGAAGAAGCCCCUCUCAGCCUCCCCAUCAGCACCACAGCACGCCCCACCUCAGGCCCCCCACGGCCGUCCCGAUUUCCGACGGAGGCGAGGCGGAAACGCGGCAGCCACCCCACAAUCUUCCCGCCUCUGAGGGGAGUGAAUGAGGCGAGGUGGCGGCUGGGAAGGGAAGAUGAGGCUGGGCCAGGAUGAUCGCUCGCUCGCUACCGCUGCCCCCCCCUCGGCCUUUCCCUCCUCUCCAGGCCUGAGACGACCUGAAGCGUCUCCUCCUCUCCCUCGGUCUAGGAAGAUGGCCAUUGUGGGGAGGGCUCACUCGCCCGGCUACUUGGGCCACCUUUCUCUCCACCAUCUUCACCACCACCACCGUUGUUUGUUGCGUCCCAAAAGCAAGGAAGGAUUGGACUCUGAUUAAUAAAAAUACACACAAGACUUGACUAGCAAGACUCUGGGAGGAAGUGCCAAUAAUAAUCCUGUCCACCCCUUGGCCCAGGUCGUUUUAUUCAAAAAAGAACUUUUUAUACAGUGUUCGUAAGAACCAAUCAGAUAUCCUCUGAGCAUUUAAAAAAACCCCACGUGGGACAAAGUCAGAUCAGAAGAAAGCCUUUUAACUACAAAAGACUACAUUGAGCAUGCAUACAUAUCUGAGAGUAAAUUAAACAGGACUAAAGGAGGAAUGCAUUCAGCAAACCCCCGGAGGUCAUAAACGGGCAGAAAAGGAAGGAAGGAUGGCAAGGAAAGGGUAUUUACAAUCUCCUUGUGAACUCUCUUCCUGGCCCUUAAGAUCUACCUAAAGAUUAACAAACUACAUCAAAGCUACCUUCUAUCUUUAUGACCCAGGAUGCUUGGUGAAGCAACUGGCCUGUGUAUUUAGAAUGCUUAUACGUGCCUGUCAGGCGUAGAGAAAGCAAAUGGCAGAGGUGCAGAGGCUUGUGGGAUUUGAUCAGAAAUUAUUGUCAAUUAAUCAAGCCCAGUCAACGCAAUGUUUUCAUUGCGGACACAAUGGCUUGCUCCAUAUUUCAUAAUUCCUCAUAGCAAUCCCACCUGACCCCCACACUCUGGAUAUUUGCACCCCCACAGUUGUUGUUAUUUUCCGUCCUUAACCCUAAGGUCCCUAGUGCAGGUUUCAACAUUUAAAAUAAUUUUUUUUAUAUCUUUUGUUUUGUUUUAUUGUUUGUUUGUUAAAUAAAAUUGAAUGCAC